AUGCGCUACUCCGUCGCUACCGUCGCUGCCAUGGCCAGCAUCGCCUCUGCCUCCCUCAUCGGCACCGGCACCGGCGCUCCCAUGCCUGAUGUCACCACCGAAGUGCUCACCAACUACGUGACCUGGUGCCCCGAGGCCACCACCAUCACCCACGGCAGCCAGACCUACACCGUCACGGAGCCUACCUCGCUCACCUUCACCGAGCCCUGCACCGUGACCCGCACCCUCACCUCCUCCACCAUCACCGAGUGCUCCUCCUGCCCAACCUCUGCCACCGUUGCUCCCACCACCGCCCCUGGCACCGGCGCUCCCGUCCCAGUUCCCACCGGCGGCAGCACCUCCAUCUACGAGCCCCCAACCUACCCCAACUCGACUGCCCAGGCUCCCCCCAUGGGCACCGCCAGCGGCACCGGCAGCAUGACCGCUCCCCUGCCAACCUUCACCGGCGCUGCCUCGCACGCCGUCGUUGGCGCCGGAGCCGGUCUCGCCGGUGUCCUCGGUCUCGCUGCCCUCUUGCUGUAA